AUGGUUUAUGGACGCAGCAUCGCAAUCGGUGGCUGUCUGCUGCUCUUGGUCAUUACACUUUCGGCAAUAAUAUUCUAUUUAAGUUUAGGACCCUGUCCGCAAGGCACCUUCGCCUGUGAUGGCAACACGUUGUGCGUGCCGCAGCGUCAAAUUUGCGACAAUCGCACAGAUUGCGAGGAUGGCAGCGACGAGCACCCGGUGGAGUGUGGCCUACUUUAUGGCAGUAAGGCGCUGACCGAUAAAAUUGUCGGCAAUGCAAUUGAACGGCGGCGACAACAACAGCAGAGUAAGGCAUUUAGCAGCGGGCGCAAUGGCACCGCGGCUCAAUUGAUAAAUGUGACGACAGUGGGUGUGACACCGGUGGAACCGGCAACCAUUGACACCGAAAAUGAAAUAACAACAUAUCCAAAAGGUGUUUGCACCUGUCGCCAGCGUACGAUAUUGUAUUGUGGACGCAAGGCGAAAUUGACGCGCAUACCGCGCUUAAGUGCCGAGGUGACGUGUUUGAUGAUGAGCCGCAGUAAUUUGACGCUGCGUGAAAAUAGCUUUAUUGGGUUGAAACACUUACAGAAGCUCGUACUGAAGCAUUGCAACAUAUCGCAUGUGCCGCUAGGCACAUUCAAUGGCCUACAUCAGUUGGAGAAAUUGGAUGUGCGGCAAAAUAAUAUCAGCACUUUGUCAGUUGGCAUAUUUCGUGGCAUGAAGUCUCUGAUGUGGCUCUUUCUCAUUUCGAAUCAAUUGCGUACGUUGCCGUUGGCGCAAUUUGUGGACAUGCCACGCCUCGAAUGGCUGGUGCUGAGUGAUAAUUUGCUCACACUGCGUAACGAGAAAUUUCCGCACAUGCUGCGUCUCUAUGAAAUCUAUUUGAACUCGAACGCCAUUGAGUACGUUUCAGAGGACAUGUUUGCUAAUCUUGCCACUUUGAAUCUGUUAAAUCUCAAUGACAAUCGUAUUACCCACAUUCAUCCGAGAGCUUUUUGGGGUUUGAAUGACAUCAGAGAUGUUCGGCUCAUUGGCAAUCCGUUGAAGGAACUCUCUGGUGAAGUAUUUCUGCGUAGUACUUGUCUGGAAGCGCUUUCCCUCAGCCACACACCCCUAUACAUCAGCCAACAGCUAAUUGGAUCUCUUAAUAUUUCUUAUCUUAAUUUGACGGGAAUCCCAUUCGAGCGCAUAGAUUUCGAUGCCAUCAAUCAGAUGUCCAAUCUCAAGUAUAUUGUGUUUGAGCGUUUCUAUUUUUGCUCGAUGACACCACAAGUUCGUAUGUGUAAACCGAAUAGUGACGGUGUUUCAUCAUUUCGCGAUCUGCUGAGUAAACCGGUGCUGCGCUACUCGGCUUGGAUAAUGGCUUUUGUAACGGUGGUAGGAAAUAUAAUGGUACUUUGGGGACGUUUCAUCUAUCGCGAUGAGAAUAUUGCCGUUACAAUGGUUAUACGUAACUUGGCACUGGCUGAUAUAUUAAUGGGUUUCUACUUAAUAACAAUUGGCGUACAGGAUUAUCGUUAUCGAAGCGAAUAUUACAAAGUUGCACUCGAUUGGAUCACCUCCUGGCAGUGCGCCGCUAUCGGCUCGCUGGCCGUCACAUCAUCCGAGGUGUCCAUGCUGAUACUCGCCUUCAUGUCAUUCGAACGUUUUCUACUUAUCGCCGAUCCGUUUCGCAGUCAACACCGUAUCGGUAUUAAGAAUAUUUUUAUAGCUCUACUCGCUAUUUGGUUGAUGGGCGUGGGCAUUGCUGUAGCGCCGGUUGCACUUUGGCACUCAAGCACCAAAUUCUAUGGCACCUACUCGGGCACAUGCUUCCCGCUACACAUACAGGAACCAUAUCCACUGGGUUGGCAAUAUUCGGCGUUCAUCUUCUUGGGCGUGAAUUUGUUUUUACUACUAAUGAUUGCGCUACUCUAUACAGCGUUGCUCAUAUCCAUUUGGCGUACACGUAAAGCGACACCGCUCUCCCUGUUGGAUUGUGAAUUUGCGGUGCGUUUCUUUUUCAUUGUGCUUACGGAUGUGUUGUGUUGGGCGCCUAUUAUUGCCAUGAAGAUUUGGGUCUUCUUCAACUAUAACAUUUCGGACGAUAUCUACGCUUGGUUGGUAGUCUUCAUAUUGCCGCUGAAUUCCGCUGUCAAUCCGCUGCUGUACACCUUCACCACACCGAAAUAUCGCAAUCAAAUACUUUUGCGCGGUUGGAAGAAAAUAACAUCGCGGCGUCGUGCUGAUCCGUCCAAUGGUUUGGCGACGACAAUUGCAACCGCUACAGCAUCAUCAAAUCCGGAUGAAUCGUCGAGCAAGGCCAUACCGCUGACAGUGAAUCACUGAGAGUAACUUUCCUCUUAUAAAUAUAAAUUCAAGGGUGGUUCAUAU